GAUGGCGAAUCAAUUUGAUAGGCAGACACUCCCAUGGGAAACAUUAGACGAUAUGUUGUCUGGGCUCGCUUCCCCGGGCGAGGAUCUAUCCUCCGACCAUGAUCCCCUCCAAUUUAAAAAAAAUGGAAAUUCAAGGCCUAGAAAUGACCAAAGUUAGGUCGCAAGAAACUUUUCAAAUCUGUGAAAACCUUGAACUUUGAUUCGAAGCCGAACUUCUGAAUGCUUUUGUUUAAGUAUCGAAGUGAAAGUUUGACACCAUGAUGUUUUUUGCCCUUCUCACCACUCUCACCCUUACCCUUUACCCAGACAAUUUUAAUUAUAUUAGCUGUAGAAGAAAUAGAUUAGAAAUUUCAAUAGUGAGGCCAAUCGAAAAGAGACAACCGAUUCAUUGAUUUUUUACCAAUAGUUCCUCGUCGUAUCAACUAAGGGACCUGGUCUCCUUCUAUGUAUUGUUCACCCAUGCAGGGUUAGGAGCACCUUGUCGGCCAGACGGUUGUUACGCGAUAGCUCAUCAAUGCUCUUUUAGUGCCUUCGGAAGGCCUGCCGUGUCGUACGACCGUGCGUAUCAGUGUGCGUAUCUGUGAAGCAACAUCAUGGGUUUUGGGGUGGAGUUGGUACCAUUGCAUCCAGCUCUACUUGCGCCACUAUAGAUAGAUAUGCAGUUUGUUGGUCGUCGAUCCCUCCCCGUCUCCUCCUGACCCGCCUUCACCACCACUUCAACCAACCGCCACGUUGUUGUUGUUGUUGUUGUUGUCGUUGCUCGCGUACAAGUGGGAAGUGAGCGAGUUAAUUGAAGUAUAGGAACCAAGAAAUGAAGGAAGAACGAGAAGAACAGAGAGGAGGCGAAGAAGGAUCUGGUUAGAUGGUAGGUUGGAUAGUUAGUUGCUUGGUUGGAUGGAUGGGAGGAUGGAUGAUGAGGGUGGGGACCACGCGUCGACGUCCAAGACGACGGUGUUGGGCUGGUGAGAUGCUCGUCGACCAACAAGGGCAUGGACAUCCAUCCAAGUUUGGUGUUGCUUCGGCGAAUGAUCCAACAACAGUAACAAUAGUGCUUUGAGAGGGUGAAGCCAUUCAUGCCUGUUGCUCGCAAACCAGCAUCAUUAUCAUCAUCGUCGUGAUCACGAGAGAAAUACGAGGAGAAUGAUGGCUCCACGGGGUGUUGUCUCGUCAAUCACAUCCGUGUCGUUCGUGCUUUGCAUAGCUAUCCAACUUUUGUUGCUUUCUUCUGUGAGAUGUCAAAUCCCAGUGAUCACCAAAGGCUUCCUGGCUGCCCUGAGCCAGCCCAGUCAAAGUCCACAGGUGAAGAUCCUCCGGCAAAUCAACGAUCAACAUGAAGAUGGUUCGUACACCUAUGGUUACGAAGCAGCUGACGGAUCAUUCAAAUUGGAGACCAGAUUCCCUGAUGGAUUGGUGCAGGGCAAAUACGGUUACGUCGACAUCGAUUCGGGUGAGCUAAAAGUCAUCGAAUAUGGUGCUGACAUGAUGGGCUUCCAACCUAUUGGCGAUCUCCCAUUUGGGGUGGUGAACAUCCCCGGAACUCAAGCUCCGCAAAGUGCUUCGUCUACCACCACUGCUUCCACAACAACAUCAACCACAACGACAACGACAACCACGACCACGACCACGACAACUCGAAAGCACAUGCGACGAAAACAAGUUUUGUCCCCAUUCGCUCCCAGGAGAAACCCCUCGCAGGUUAGAGGUCUGCAAUUAGAACAGCCCAUCACGACUCGGCCACGAGCGAGACGACCUUUGGCUCGUGUUCCAAUCAAAGGCCGACAGUCUUUGGUAAAUUUCUCCUCCAGAGAGGAUGGUCAAGGAGGGCCACAGCCCCAAAUUCGAAGUACCAAGCGAAGCCGACAAGUGCUCAAGAGUGAUGAAGAGCCCGAAAGUCGGGAAGAGCCUGAGGGCGAGAGUGAUGCUCUUGAGGGGCAGAAGCAGAUAAACUUGCCUCAAAUCUUGCCUCCGUCACCCUUGAAUAGGCCAAUUAAUCCGCUAGAAACUCCACAAGUGUCUGUGAAUUUCGAUUACCUCAUUCAGGAAUUCACGGGCAAGAGAACGAUCAUUCCUCCCAACCCUGAAGGUUCGCUUAUCCAAGUGGACAGACCUUACCCGCAAUCUUCCUCGUGAUACUAUUACUCUUAUUGUUUGGCUUUGACUAUGCAUUGUGACCUUUAGCUCUUUAACUAUGUAUUUACUCUGCAACAUACAUUCUGAUGUUUUUUUGUUCUCAA